UGCAUCCAGCACGUCUGGUAGACGGCAGGCAGCCGCCACAUGUCAGUAUGAGGUUUGAGGGGGACGAGGGGACGUGGUUUUCAGGUGUUUGGGAAGCCAAAGCGAGGAUCAGUCAGCCCUCUCUCUGCAUUGCAGCACUAUGACUGAGGAAAGCGGGGAGAAGAGAGCCCGUGUUGCACGCUGAGACGAGCGCCCAAUCAGGAACGUCCAUGUGGUGCUCAGGCCAAUCAGUAGCUCACAGCUGAGGUUAAAGAUUGACAAUUGCAGAAGAGAACAGCAAGGAGAGAAGGCCUUCUGGGAAACCUGCAUCCAUCUUUGACUUCAUCCCCUAACGUCCUGAAAAACCUGAUAAAGAUAAAGAGAACCCGCUGCAGAGUCUGUAUGAGGGAGAGAACAAGUGUGUCAGAACAGGAGGAAAAGACAGAAAAACAGACGGCAACAGAAGAAAUGGAGAUUUCAACGAGAUCCAGAGACACAAGUGAGCGGACGUCCCAGAAACGAAAGAUACCCAGCCCGUCUCACUCGUCCAACGGCCACUCGUCUGCUGAAACGUCACCCUGCCCAGCAAAAAAGAAGAAAAAGCCGGGAGCUGUAGGCGGCAGCAAAGACCAGUCAGAGCUCCGACAUGGGCCGUUCUACUACGCCAAGCAGCCGACCUCGCUGGCCUCGGACCCGGUGGACGCGAUCCCGCAGGACGGCAGGAACGACUUCUACUGCUGGCUGUGCCACCGCGAGGGCCAGGUGCUGUGCUGCGAGCUCUGCCCCCGCGUCUACCACGCCAAGUGCCUGAAGCUGCCUGCCGAGCCCGAGGGAGACUGGUUCUGUCCGGAGUGUGAGAAAAUAACGGUUGCUGAGUGCAUCGAGACUCAGAGCAAGGCCAUGAUGAUGCUGACUAUCGACCAGGUCUCUUACUUACUAAAGUUUGCCCUGCAGAAGAUGAAGCAACCAGGUGACCAUCCUCGCUUGUCAUCUCGCACCCCCCAUGCAGCUUCCACACAGAGAAAGACUUUUAAUUGGACCGAACCCUUCCAGAAACCCGUGUCUCUCGACCAGCAUCCUGAUUACGCAGAGUACAUCUUUCAUCCCAUGGAUCUCUGCACACUUGAGAAGAAUAUCAAAAAGAAGAUGUACGGCUGCACCGAGGCCUUUUUGGCAGAUGUCAAGUGGAUCUUACACAACUGUAUCAUAUACAACGGCGGUAAUCACAAACUCACAGCAACGGCUAAAGUGAUAGUGAAAAUCUGUGAACACGAGAUGAAUGAGAUCGAGGUUUGUCCUGAGUGCUAUCUGUCCGCCUGCCAGAAGAGAGACAACUGGUUCUGUGAGCCUUGCAGCAACCCGCACCCUCUUGUGUGGGCCAAACUCAAAGGAUUUCCAUUCUGGCCGGCGAAAGCGCUGCGGGACAAAGACGGACAGGUGGACGCCCGCUUCUUCGGCCAGCAUGACAGGGCCUGGGUUCCUCUCAACAACUGCUACCUCAUGUCCAAAGAGAUCCCGUUCUCCGUGAAGAAGACCAAGAGCAUCUUCAACAGCGCCAUGCAGGAAAUGGAGGUGUACGUGGAGAACAUGAAGAAGAAGUUUGGAGUGUUUAACUAUGCCUCCUUCAGGACCCCUUAUACCCCCGACAAUGACUUCCAGAUGCUCCUGGACCCGUCCAACCCCUCGUCCUCACCUAUCAAAGCUGACAAACAGGAGAAAAUCAAGCUGAGCUUCGACAUGACCGCGUUGCCCAAGAUGGCGGUGGCCAGGACCGUGCUGUCUGCGGCCGCGGUGGCGGGGGGGGCAGCGGCACCGCGGCCCUCCAGCGACAUGCCCUGCUCCCCCAUGAGCACCAACUCCUCUGCUCAUACCGGUUCUGACGCGGAGCAGGAACCGGCAGACAAGUCCCAGGGCAAAGCAGCCAACAGCCAGUACAGUACAGAGGAAGAGUCCACGGACUGCACAGCCAAUUCCCUGGACAGUCCCAAAGCGGUCCAGUCUCAGGCUGCCGGCGCCGGCAAGCAGGAGAAGGCGCCGCAGACGGGAAGAAUCCUCAACCUCAAUCUCGACCGCAGCAAAGCUGAGAUGGACCUUCAGGAACUCAGCGACUCAGUUCAGCAGAAGCAGGGAGCCGCUCCCGUCCUCACCUCCCCGAAGAGACGGAUCAAGAGCCGCUUCCAGCUCAACCUGGACAAAACCAUCGAGAGCUGCAAGGCACAGCUAGGCAUCGAUGAGAUCUCUGUGGACGUGUACAAGGGCGUGGAGCACAGCGACUCCGAAGACUCGGACAAGUCCGACUCCAGCGAGAGCGAGUACGCCAGCGACGAGGACCAGCAUCCCAAGGGGGAGCCGGGUGCAGCUCGGGACAAGGACCCGGAGAAGGAGCUCACCAAAGACAAGGUGAAAGACCAACCUCCUGCCAGCCCGGUGGAGGAGGACAAAGCCGAGCUGCUCGUCUCCAGUGAAUCUGCUGCAGAGGACGGCAGUGCAGCGCCGUCCACCGCCCCGGCGGGGGAGAAGAUCAGCACCGAGGUGGAGGAGAAGAAUCCAGAGAAGAGCAAAGCGGCCCCAAAGACACCCGCUUCCAAGGAGAAGUCUCAGGCCAAACAGGAUGCCAAGCACGAGGCCAAACAUGAGGCCAAGCACGAAUCCAAGCACGAAUCCAAGCACGAAUCCAAGCACGAAUCCAAGCACGAAUCCAAGCACGAAUCCAAGCACGAAUCCAAGCACGAAUCCAAGCACGAAUCCAAGCACGAGGCCAAGCACGAGGCCAAGCACGAGUCCAAGCACGAGGCCAAGCACGCAGCGCUGGUGGAGGACUCGGACUCGGAGAGGGAGCUGGUGAUAGAUCUGGGAGAGGAACAAGGUGGUAAGGAGAGGAAGAGGAGCAGAAAAGACAGCAGCAUCAUUAAAGAGUCGACUGGUAAAUCAGAAGGGAAAGCUGUGAGCGCGUCGACGGCCCCGUCUCCAGCGGCCGCGGCUCCCCCCUCGUCCUCCGGGGGCUCGGCCCAGUCCCCCGUGACCCUGGUCUCCUUCGCCGCUCCUUCUCCUGCAACCAUCAGCCUGGCGUCCGUGUCCAGCACCGCCGUGACGCCGCCGUCUUCAUCCUCGGCCUCCCCGACACCAGCCCUGAAGAAGCAGCGCCCCCUGCUGCCCAGAGAGACGGUGCCGGUGGUCCAGAGAGCCGUGGUGUGGAACCCCAGCAGCACUAAGUUCCAGACCUCCUCUCAGAAGUGGCACCUGCAGAAGGUGCAGCACCAGCAGCAGAGCCAGCAGAGCCCGCAGCCCCUGGCCGCCGCGCAGGCGUCGUCUCCCCGGCAGGGCCAGACCCAGAGCCUGACCCCGGUACAGGGAGCCGGGAACGGCUCCAGUGCAGCCCCGGCCCCUUCGGCAUCACAUUCUGCACAGAGCACGCGCUACCAGACCAGACAGACGGUUAAAGCUGUUCAACAAAAAGACAGUCCUGUGGCGACCUCCACGUCAGCGGUCACCCUGGUAACCAGCAGCCCGGCUUCCGUGGCCAUGAUAGCAGCGUCGGGUUCAAGCACGGCAGCCACGUCGUCGCCGGUGCCGGCAGAAGUUUACAUCCCCACGGCCUCGGCAGACGUGGCCGCAGACAUCGCCAAGUACACUACUAAAAUUAUGGAUGCUAUAAAAGGUACGAUGACUGAAAUCUACAACGACCUCUCCAAGAACACUUCAGGGAACACGAUAGCAGAGAUAAAAAGACUCCGAAUUGAAAUUGAAAAAUUACAAUGGCUGCAUCAACAAGAGCUGUCGGAAAUGAAGCACAAUCUUGAGUUGACGAUGGCCGAGAUGAGACAGAGUCUGGAGCAGGAGAGGGAGAGGUUGGUGACUGAGGUGAGAAAACAGAUGGAGCUGGAGAAGCAGCAGGCUGUGGAUGAGACAAAAAAGAAACAGUGGUGUGCUAACUGCAGGAAAGAGGCCAUCUUCUACUGCUGCUGGAACACAAGCUACUGUGAUUACCCCUGUCAGCAAGCCCACUGGCCCGAGCACAUGAAGUCCUGCACGCAGUCAGCCACAGCCCCCCAGCAAGAGCCUGAGGCCGAGCCGACGGCAGAGCCACCGAACAAAGACGUAGGCCCGGCCGGCGGCGGGCCGAGCUCUCUCAGAGACGCGCCGGCCCCCGCGCCGUCAGACAAAGACUCGGACGCGGAGAAGAGCGCUGACGCUGCCACUGCAACUCUGUCAAUACCCAGCUAAUUGCACUUCAAAACUGAAAUGUAUAGGUUGUGUGUGUGUUUUUUUUGUUUUUUUUUCCUUCUGAGUUUAUGUCCGUGUAAAUUGUUCUAUUUAAGAACCUGUUUUAUAUCAAUAACAAUGUUUAUGUAUAUUUUUCUUUCGCCUGUCAGGCCUUACAUGGGGGUAGUUUAGAAAAAGUCAUGUUUUUUUUUUUCUCGUAUAUACACAGAGAGUUACCAGUGAAAGUUCUGAAGAGCAUGCAUGGGUGUCGAAACAAACAUAUAGUUCAUUUAAAAACAUUAUGCAGUUAUGAUUGAGAAAUGUUGUCCACGUUAGUGGACUACUGGAAUUGUAUAUUAGGGUGCUGCUGACAGAAAAGUUUGUAAAUUACUUGUUUGGUAGUCUUUGUUAAUUUAUUUGUUAUUCUAAUGUUACAGAGAAAAAUUGUAAACACAUUCUAAAUAAGCUGUCUCUAUGGCUAUACUAAAGUCUACUGAAGUAUUUACUUACUGUUCAAAUUCUCUAUUCAGUGGGUUGGCUGAGUAAAGGCUGAUUUAUGGUUCCGCGUUACACCAACGCAGAGCCUACGGCGUAGGGUACGCGGCGACGCAGGCCGUACGCAGCGCAUCGCCGCGUACCCUAGGCGUCAAUUCAGUCAAAGCUAAGGUAUGGCAAGGUUACGAGUCACAGAACUUAACUACAGUAUCAAUCAACACGUCCAGCAAAUACUCAUCACACAAGUCUGCUAUGGAGCUUAUCUGUGUGGUCAAGAAAAUUGGAACUUUUUCAAAUGCAAAAAGUUCCAUUUUUUUUUUUGCUCACUGCAAAAACUCAAAAUCUUACCAGGAAUAUUUGUCUUAUUUCUAGUUAAAAUGUCUCAUUUUUAGUCAAAAAAUCUCAUUACACUUAAAACAAAACUCAUUACCAGAAAAAUAACUUAUUUGACCAUUUUCACCUGUUUCAAGUAAAUUUUCACUUGAAAUAAGUAGAAAAAUCUGCCAGUGGGACAAGAUUUAUCUUCUUAUUACAAGCAAAAAAAAUCUUGUUCCACUGGCAGAUUUUUCCACUUGAAACAGGUGAAAAUGGUUGUUUUUGAGUCUUGUCUUAAAUGUAAUGAGAUUUUUUUUGACUAAAAAUUAGACAUUUUAACUAGAAAUAAGACAAAUAUUCUUAAGAUUUUGAGUUUUUGCAGUGUAUAAUAACUAGUGAAAUCGAUCAUGUUGUUCUGAUUUGCAUUUGUAGUUAUUCUAUAUGUAUUAAGUAAUAGAAUAAUCAAUACAAAUAGACAGAGUAAUGCCGCGUUCCAUUUACCUCGGAAAUCGGAACUAGGACUGGGAAUGGCAGCCAAUCUGGAAUGGUAACUCGGGGGUGGUGAAGCUUCUCCCACUUUCCCAGUAGGAAAUCCCACUUCGAGGGGCGUUCCAGUUGAAAAUUCCGACUGGGAACUGGGAAAUUCCGACUUCCGAAGACAAAUGGAACGCGGCAUAAUUCCAUAAAUGUAUUUAAAAAACAAACAUUUACAUUUUCCCUUGAAGCCAAGGUGUGGCGGCUGCCAAUACCUUGCCAUACCCAAUUGACGCCCCUGCCUACGCCGUAGGCUCUGCGUCGAUUUAACGCGGAACCAUAAAUCAGCCUUUAGUGGGCUUUGAACAGAAACCUUGAUCUUCCUGUAUAAAUUACGGGUAAUGUGAUUUUUGAACACUUAAUUACUGGAACAAUCUUUCGGGAAAAAUUAAAUUCCUAUUUUUAUUUCAAACGAA